AGUCUGGCCGCGGCCGGCGGCGCCGCCUCCUCGUCGGGCCGGGUACGGCGGGCCGGGGCCUUUGUGUGAGCCGGUGGCGGCGAUGGUGCUCGGGCCCCGCGGAGCCGGAUUAACUGUGCUGAUAAGGAGGCAACUUCCUAGGAGCUGCUAAGAUGGGCAUGAGGAUCAAACUGCAAAGCACCAACCACCCUAAUAACCUGCUGAAGGAACUCAACAAGUGUCGGCUCUCAGAGACCAUGUGCGAUGUCACCAUUGUGGUGGGGAGCCGCUCCUUCCCGGCCCACAAGGCCGUACUGGCCUGUGCAGCUGGCUACUUCCAGAACCUCUUCCUGAAUACUGGACUUGAUGCUGCCAGGACCUAUGUGGUAGACUUCAUUACUCCUGCCAACUUUGAGAAGAUUCUGAGCUUUGUCUAUACAUCAGAGCUCUUCACAGACCUGAUUAACGUUGGUGUUAUCUAUGAGGUGGCUGAGCGUCUGGGCAUGGAAGACCUCCUCCGGGCCUGUCAUUCCACCUUUCCUGACCUCGAGAGCACUGCUGUGACAAAGCCUCUGACUAGUACCAGUGACAACCAGUCCAGCACCCUGAGUUGUCCCUCAGCAGAUCCUGCCCAUUCCCUUGGAGAACUCCGGGGUGGUGGGGAGCACUUUGGUCCUGAUAGAAACUAUGUGUUGUCCAGUGAUGUGGGAGGAAGCUAUAAAGAGGAAGAAAGAAAUGUUGCUAGUGAUGCUAAUCAUGGCUUGCCUCUGCCGCAACCAUCAUUGCCACCAAAGACAGAAGACCAUGAUGUCUCUACUCCUUUCACAUCUGUUUCUAGUAUUGUGACCCAGCCAGUCCUAGGCACUGUUAGCACAGGUAUCCAGACUAACACGAGCUCUUGCCAGCCAUACAAAGUUCAAAGCAAUGGAGAUUUCAGUAAAAACAGCUUCUUCACCCCUGACAAUGCAAUAGACAUUACCACUGGGACCAACUCCUGUAUGAGCAAUAGUGAACACUCCAAAGAUCCAGGCUUUGGGCAGAUGGAUGAGCUCCAGCUAGAGGACCUGGGAGAUGAUGACUUGCAGUUUGAAGACACUGCUGAGGAGAUUGGGACAGCUGAGGAGGUGAUCGAACUGAGUGAUGACAGUGAGGAUGAACUUUUUGGAGAGAAUGACAACCGAGAGAAUAAAGCUAUGCCCUGCCAGGUGUGCAAGAAAGUUCUAGAGCCCAACAUUCAGCUGAUCCGGCAACAUGCUCGGGACCAUGUGGACCUGCUGACAGGUAACUGCAAGGUCUGUGAGACCCACUUCCAGGACCGAAACUCUCGGGUGACCCACGUCCUGUCCCACAUUGGUAUUUUCCUCUUCUCUUGUGACAUGUGUGAAACAAAGUUCUUCACCCAGUGGCAGCUAACUCUUCACCGACGGGAUGGAAUAUUUGAGAACAACAUCAUUGUUCAUCCCAAUGAGCCCCUGCCUGGGAAGCUGGGUCUCUUUUCAGGGACAGCCUCACCAGAUUUGAAAUGUGCUGCCUGUGGGAAAGUAUUGGCCAAAGAUUUCCAUGUGGUCCGAGGACAUAUCCUCGACCAUCUGAACUUGAAGGGACAGGUCUGCAGUGUCUGUGACCAGCGCCACCUCAAUCUUUGCAGCCUCAUGUGGCACACACUCUCCCAUUUGGGCAUUUCGGUCUUCUCCUGCUCUGUCUGUGCCAGCAGCUUUGUGGACUGGCACCUCCUAGAGAAGCACAUGGCUGUGCACCAAAGCCUAGAAGAUGCCCUUUUCCGCUGCCAUUUAUGCAGCCAGAGCUUCAGGUCUGAGGCUGCCUAUCGCUACCAUGUCAGCCAGCACAAGUGCAACAGCAGCCUUGACAUAAGGCCUGGCUUGGGGCUACAGCACUCAGCCCUCCAGAAACGGAAGCUGCCAGCAGAGGAGUUCCUGAGUGAGGAUCUGGCUCUGCAGGGCCAACCUGGGAAUAGCAAGUACAGCUGCAAGGUCUGUGGCAAAAGGUUUGCCCAUACAAGUGAGUUCAACUACCACCGUCGGAUCCACACAGGCGAGAAGCCAUACCAGUGUAAGGUGUGCCACAAGUUCUUCCGAGGCCGUUCGACCAUCAAAUGCCACCUCAAGACACACUCGGGGGCACUCAUGUACCGCUGCACUGUGUGUGGCCACUACAGUUCUACCCUUAACCUCAUGAGCAAACAUGUUGGUGUGCACAAAGGCAGCCUGCCACCUGACUUCACCAUCGAGCAAACCUUCAUGUACAUUAUCCAUUCCAAAGAGGCCGAAAAGACCCCAGAUAGCUGACUGGUCCCAGUAGAGCCAGUGGGGAGCUUCCAGGUGGCAGCCAGGGUAGUGAUUUUCUAAUGGCUGUUGGUCCCUCCUCAGUGGGUGCUACAGUUUUGCCUUGCUAGGAAUUCUAUUCUGUGUUGUGUUUAAAGGAGAAAAAAAAAAAGAAAUAGCACAUAAGCUGUGACUGUUUUUGAGAAGCAAUGGCCCUAUUGCAUUUACCUCCAUACCUGUUCUUGCCCACACAGGGCUGUUUUUGAUUCUUUUGAGGCUGGUUUUGGGAUCUAGUCAAGCAUUUAUGGCAGCUAGAUCCCUUUCCCCAGCCUGUCUAGUUUUAGUUUACUGUUAGGUUUCAUGCUGCUAAGAAUCCAACCAACAGCCUCACUGGAGAGGAUGUGGAGAGAGGUUUUCACUGUGGUUAUUAUAGCCAGACCUCCAACUAGGAUGACCAGCUAUGAGAAAGAUUUGGGGAAUGUGGUCAUUUGGAAGGGACUGGUUAGCUGGGGGGCUGCUCACCUCAGGUUCCAGAGCUAGCCCUUAGCAGGGGAAAGUUGUCAGAGAUGGAGGUACCUGCCUGCUCCAUAGCUCUAAUCUGCUGACUGGACAGUGAAAAUCUUUUGACAACUAGAUCCAAAAUGGGGACAAAGCUUUCUAUUUAUGUUGGAAAGCUUUGGGAUGACUCUUUGCCAGCAGAAGGGGUGUCCUGUAGUGCUGUUAGCAGUGGCAACCUGGAUGGACAGGAGAGGAGGCUUCUCUUUUCUCCUCAUUUCCAAAGAAACACAACAUGGAAUGAUGGCCGAGAUGUCAGGCCUUCCCUGUGGAGCAGAGAGUAAGGGAAUAUAAUCAUCUGUUAUUCUGGUAGCCUCUAGUGACCUUGAGUUUCCUGGUGGAGAGGAGAGGGAGGUCUGACAGCAGCAACCUUGCCUUAAUUUACAUCGGUUUCCCACCCAGAAGGGUUUGGCCUAUAGGAUAGAUGGGAAGACCCAGGAGGUGUGCAGUGGUGGUAUAUUGUGAUCCCUUCAGGAUUAAAGGGACCUGAGUAACUGGUGGUAUGUAGCAGGGUGUGCAUUCUGACUGUCUCAGUCGGGUAACCUGUUGUUUACUUCUGUUCUAACAGUGCUGGAGCUUUGGCAGCUCACCUUUGACCUGCUGGAAUUGAUCUUGAUCUGUUUUUGCAUCACCUUCAGGGGGCGCUGUUGGGUGGAGCUGGUUCAGGCCCUCCUGGGUGACCCAGUCCAUGUAGCUGUUUGGCUUCAUUUUUAGUUGGUCUUUGAAGGGGUCUUGCCCAAAGAAGGCUGGAGGGAGAGGGCCCUCAGUCUUGCAUACUCAACGAGGUGGCACCUCAGUAGCUCAUACUACCUCACCCUGUUUAGGCGAGCUCUGGGAGUUCCUGGCCUCGCCUGACACUGCCCCUGGUGGGACUUAGCAACACCCGGGUUGUUUCACAAGCAAGCUAAUUAACUCACAAAGCCUUUUUGGAUGUUAAUAUUUAUUUAUUUUUUGUUUUUGUAUGCAUAUUACCCAGCAUCUCUUUUGGAUAAGAGAGUUCAGGAAAAUGAGUUUCUCCCCAGCAAGUAGCCAUAUUCCAGGGAAUAGUCCUGGUCAGAGAUUUGGGGAAUAGGAGUAUAAUCAGGGAGAAUGUGUCCAAGCCUUUUAAACAAGUCAGUUUUCUUGUCUCCACAUGUCUGUAGCAGAAUAAAUACACAGAGCCCUUUAGGUAAGUUCUAGAAAGUUUGGGCCAGUUAAAUUUCCAGACUUUUCAUUCCCCUUCCAUCCUGAGAUGGUGUAGAUUGGGGAUUGAGUUGAGAGGAUCAAGUCACAGGAAGGACCUUUUUACAGUUUCUUAUCCUUUCUAAACAUAGAGACCCUCCUGUCUUUGUUUGUAUUAAGAAACAUGGCCAAACCAAAGCUCUGUCUCUAAUAGGCCUGCUGCCUCUCUCCCUGGCUUGGAAUUGAGGAAGCCUCAGAAUGGAGCACAGGAAUCUCCAGUCCUUCACUAGAUGACAGGAGACUUUUAUGUGCCACUUCAAGGCACACUGUCCAGUUAAAGGCUCACCUUUAAACCCAACUUGGGACAUUUUACCAUCUAAACCCAACUUGGGACAUUCUCAGGAGAGAAGUUCUGAGACUUCAUUCCUGACUGUCUUCUCACUUUCUUAUGCUGACCAUUAGGAAUUUGAGAAGGGGACACGUAAUAGGCCACAGUCAAUCAUCUGCCAAGCUUUUCAAGCAUGAUGGUUACUCCCAGACUGUUGGUGAGGACUGAGUUUUGAGGGGUCAGUUUGAGAGAAAUAGUACUUACAGGUCAGAUAGCUAAAAGUAGAUAAACAUGCUGGAGAAAUCCUUUAAAAAAAAAAAAAAACAGGCAUGGUGGAUGCUGGGUGGUCUGUAUACUUAACCUGAAACUGUGAAGUUUUCCUUUUUUGCCAAUGAACCAAAAAACAGUUCCUUGAAACUUUGCCCUUGAAACACUAAACAAAAAAACUGCACCCUCUGAUGCCCCUAAGGCUAAAUGGUUGAUCAGGGAGGCCCAGUUGGUCCCAGUCAGAUAUGUAGCAACAGGAUCAGUAGAUCAUGAGUCUCAUUGACCAAACCCUACCCUGCUGGGUGUCCCCUGUAUUCACAUUGAACUCCCCUUCUGUGUGAAGUCACACUGAAGUCCCCGUCUGUGCUUCCUCUGCCUCUAGCUCACCCUUUUCUGAGUUUUACUUGAAACACUAUAUUGUGACAAAGGGCACUGUAAGAUACCUACCCAGUGAAAGGGAUUCAUUUUAUUUUGCCUUUUUUAUUUUUCAACCUAAUGCUCAUUUGAUUGUGUUGCCCCCUCUCUCCAGGAACCCAGUUUAGCACUGUCCCUUCUGUAAUGCUCUGAAAUUCUAUUUGACCCUUGAAUGUUCUCUCUUUACCUGUUUUCCCUUUUUCUUGAUCUGUACUCAGGACCAGCUACAUAAUUUGCAAAGCCCUCUGGUUCACAAAUUGUUAGGAAUUUCAAGAUGGCAGUUGUACAGCAUUAAACCAAAUCUGAGGCCAUUGCUGAUUUGUUUCCUCCAGGGAAACAGCAAUCCUUGUAUGGCAUGCUGGGAUGAACUGUGGAGUCUGCUUGUGGCCAGAACAGGGGAUCAGUACCCUGGCAUCCAGUGACUUGAUGGCUCAUUGAUGCCACAGCAUCCACUGGGAGCUCUGCUGAACAGUAUUUGGUCCUCAAUUUUAAGACUCCAGGGAGUCCCUUUAGUUCACGGCUAGUUGGAAAAAAAGGAGGUAAGGUGGGUGUUGGGCCCAAACAACCCCUAAAAACUAAGAAAUGGGUAAAAAUUCUUUUUCACUUAUUUUCUCCUCUAUUAGCACCCCUUUAUCUCCAGGACAAAUCUUUGGCUUCAAUGCCUUUUUUCCCAGUCAGGCUUUUGCUACUGAUUAUUCCUGCCCCCCUCUUUCUGGCCUCCUGCUGUGCUCUUUUUCCCCAGACCACUCAACUUUGAAAGUGAAAUUAAAUCCCUUUGUAGACAGACACUGAAUUUUUUGGCAUGGGAGUGGACUGUGUGGAGCAGUCUGUGCCCAUCUGGGAGUCCCCACAUGUCCUUUUCCCUAAAUCCUGUACCAAAUGAGACAGGAAGCAGGGUGCAUAGCAUAAUGUGAUUAUGCAUCAUAAACUUAACAUCUGAAUUAAAAUGAAAUAUUUGAUUUUGAUGUUUCUUUAACACCCUCCCCUGUCCAACCCUUCCAAUUCCCUCCAUCUCUAAUAGCUAAAGUCUCUUAAGAAACGGAAAAAAGUUGUUGACAUCUAACUCCUUCCAUUAAAUUAAUAAGUACUGACCUCCUAAUAUUUAAGUGUUUACUAUCUAUUGCUGUAAAGUUUUGUAUAUUUUGUAAACUUUUUUUCCCAAAUAGUAGAUGUUUAAAAUCGUUGUACAUCUGAUUCUUUUAUAUUCCAUUGUUCAGCACAAAGUGUGGUUUUUAUUUAGAAUAAUAAAAAGAAGAAAUUUAAAA